AUGUUAGGGAAAUACUUGGAAAGUACUUUUGUUGAAUACAAAUUUGAUAAUAAUGGAUCAACUGAUGGUAGUAUCAUGUUCAUAAAUGAUGACUUUGAAACUUUACUUCUUAACAUGGAAGUGAAGCCCGAAAUAGACAUUAUUAAAAAAUCACAAUUUCCUGUAUUUCUCUUGCAAAUUGCAGGACCUUGGUUAGGAGUUUCUGGUGCUGCCUACACAAAGAAAGCAGCCUGUGGACCUCUUACUCCAAUGAUGCCAUUGUUUGUUAUUCCACAAAGUAGUACAUCUUACAAUGAAGAAUAUGGAUUAAUGCAUCAAACUGCAUGUAAUAAACUUGCCAAUCUAAAAGAAUGGUAUGAAGAUUUUCAGCAUAAGAUACCUAAGAUUACUGCAACAAGAUCAUCACAACUUCAUUUUCCAUAUAUCAACUUCAUAACCAUUAAAGGUGAAACUUUUGAACUAACAUAUAACCAAGAACUGCCAAGUCAUCAUCUUGUAUUUGAGGCAACUGCUCAAAAUAUUGCAUCAUCAAGAGAUAUCAAGAAACGAGUUGCAUUGACUUCUGAAAAAUCAAGACAGCAACAACAUCAACAACCUUCUUCCAAUCGUAGUCGAAGUAAUAAUGAUGAUAAAGACCGACAAACUAUGUCUUCAUCAGAUGAUGAUAAUGGGUCUGAUGAAAUUGAUGAUGAUAGCGAACCUGGUCAACAACCAUGUAAUACCGGACGUUCAAACUUAUCAUUAUCCAAUAACCACAAGAAGAAUAGUUCAAGACGAUUUCUCAAAGAUAACAAUUUAACAUUAGAUUUUGAAAAAUAUUUAGUCGAUAUCAAAGAAGUACCAAAUCCAGCAAGAACAGUUGAAACUUUGACCAAAACUAUCGAUAUUUUUUUAAUGGGUCAUAAAGACUCUGAAGUUAAUCAACAUCUAAUUGAUGCUUUAUACAGAGAAUGGAUUCCAAAAUAUGCAUUAGUACUUUUAAACAGAAGGAAACCAGAAGAAAUGAACGUUAACCACGAAGAAUUUCCUUUGUCAGAAAUCAUGCAAGAUGCUAUAUAUCGAAUACUAGGAGAUGAAAAUGCCCCAUUUUAUCGUCGAUUUGAUAGUAGAUUCGAUUCUCGGCGGUUAGAUGUCGGUGUCAACACUGUGAUGAUGGGAAUUGUUGGCGAAAAUGAAGAGAUUGGUCCUUACGUCCCUAACAAUGUGGAUUUCAGACAGUUUGUAUUUAAGAUCGCUCAAUGUGUUCAAAAUCAUAUUCGUAAUAUUCCUGAAGAAUGGCUAAUACGCCAAGAUAAAAAAUUAAUUCCAAAUAUUGUACAUAUGGUUACCUCUAUGAUACUCACUUUACCUUCUUCCAUUGCUGGAUCUAUAAGAGAUUAUGACAGAAAUUAUCAUCAAAUGUUAUCAUCUGAUGAAGAUGACGACGAAGUUACUGACAUUCGGUAUCGUGAGGUAUCUGAUGAACAACAAAUUCUUAUAGGUUCUCAACUAAAAAUUGAUAUAGCUGCUCGAUUAUUGAAAACUUCAAGAUUGGAUUUACGUUUGACUGGCCUAAAUGAAAUCAAAGAAGCUCUUUUAUUAGGUCUUAAACAAGCCAAAUUUUUGAAAAAAUAUAAAAGAAGAACUAAUAAUUCACGUAAAAGAAGUUUAAGUAUUGAUGGUGAAGAUGAUAAUAUUCCAUUAGAGGAGGAUAAUCCUUCUGAAAAAAUUCAUCGUUUCCUUAAUGAGAAAUUACGCGAACAUCAAAUUCUUGAAUAUAUAUUUGGUUCUAAUAUUCAUUUGGAAAUAGUUCAACGUUCUACAGAUAUUUUAACAUUCUUGAUACACACUAAAUCAUUAACAUCACACGAAUUAGAUAUUAUUUGGGCACCUUUUGAUGGAAAUCAACACCGAAGCAUUGUUCAUGGUGUUUGUCAAGUACUGAUUGAUAUUUCCGACCAUUUAAAUCAAGAACAACGAGACUAUCUAAUUCAGAAAUUGAUGAAAAUGCCUACCAGUUUCAUAGAGACUCAAACUUAUUUAUUAAUAAGAACUUUGGUUCAAUCCACUAUGUCAAGUACUAGAACUGUUCCUCAUGUAUCAUUUAAAGCUCACCAAUUAUUAUGGCGUUUACUAUGUGAAUCAUCAAUCUCAAUCCCUGCUUUGAUGAACUCGGAAGUUUCAUCUCCCACCACUACUGCUUCAGCAAACACUCUUUCUCCUGUAUCGUCAUCAACAACAUCAUUAUCUUCAACAAUAAUAGAUCAGGACAUUGCUCAAAAUGCUUGUCAAGUUCUAACUAAUUUAUUACAGGGCGAUACAAGUCAAGAAGAUCGUAAUACUUUAUUGGAAAUGUGUAUUGAAUGUUUAAGAAAACAUGAUCCUGGAACUAUGUGGGCUUUAAGGCUUUUAACAAGAAUUAUUUCACCCCCAUUUCCCAAUCAAGAGUUGACCACAAAUGAUUACCUUAAACAUUUAAUAUCAAGUAUGGGAUUACCGCAAUUAUUUUUGGACGAUUUGGAACAUUGGUCAAAGACUGUGAGAGCAUGUGCAGGAAAACUUAAUGAUAAACCAAAUGUUUUAAAUCUAGAUUUACCUUCAUCAAAAAUGUCCAUAUUACGUGAUCAACUAAUUUCGCGUCUACAAUUUAUUCAAUGGAUAGCAAAUUUUGAGGUUCCCUUUUUUACAUCAACAGCUCAAACCGACAUAAUUUGGAAUUGUUUGAUAGCUAAUGCAAUAGGGAAAAAGGAACAAGACGAGGCAUUUGCUUCCCUGGACAAUAUACUAGAAUAUGAUUAUUUCACUGAGCAUUUUUUUAACAAUCGUUUCGCUGAAUUGGAUGUUCGGUUCAUGUCUGAUCAAGCAUUUAAAUAUGCUAAAAACUGUUUGUUAAAAGUUAAUGCUAAAAACGGAAGGUUACUUCAACUUGGCAUUCUAAUACAAGGUGAUCUUACAGGAAUUGAUCUUAUUUGGGAUAUUGCACUUCGUGCAGAAGAAGAAGCUACGGAUAAAAAACUGGAAAAUUAUGCUAAUUUGGCCAGGCAACAUCGUGAAGCAUUAGUUGACAAAUGCGUUAAACAUCUUUUCGCUGCUGCCAAUGGCUUAUCCAAAGUUACUAUUUUCCCCACCACAUCGGAUGAUGAUGUUUCAAUGACACUAAUUGAUGAAUCUAGCUCUUCUACACCAUUAUCGCCAUCAAUGUCUCCACUUCAAUCAUCAACAAAGAAUAAUAAAUCUACUAAUGCCUUAAAAUUCAAACGAUGUCUAGAAGUACUUAAAUCUUUUAUGGAUAUAUUUGAUACUAAAUAUUCAAAUUAUCAAUUAGAUAAAACUGAUGUAAGAAGACAUGGAAUGUUAAACGAUGGAGAGAUGAUUACAGUAAAAGUUACUAUUACAAAUCGAUGUUUGGAAAUUCAAGUCCAUCCAUCUGAGACAGUUCUUGCUUUACGACAAAAAAUUGCCUCUAGAAUAGGUGAAGCAAAAUCAUCACAAAUUAGAUUAAUCACAGCAGGAAAAGAAGUUUGCCCUGAAUCGAAUGGAUUGACUUUGAAAAAAUUAAAAAUUGUAGAUCGUCAAUCUUUUAUGGCCAUGAAGCGCAAUAAUGAAGGAAAGUUUGGACAAGAGAAUGAUAGAGUUGAAGAAAAUCUUGAAGAAUUGGUUGAAUCAGAUUUACCGAUUAAUGUUUUAUCAAAAUAUAUUGAUCAAUUUUUCCAAAUGUUAGAAUUAGAAGAAACAUAUUCAUCACAAAUAUGGGAUCUACUUAUGCGACUUCCGACAAAUAAUACGUUCUUGAAUGCACUAAAAACUCUCGAAACACCAGUGAAUUGGGACGAUCUCCUUGUUCUACGAUCGCCAUUUAGAUUACUCUAUGCGUUACAGAUUGUUGAUUGGUUGUUAAGAGGAGGCGAUGAUGAAAGAAGCCAGAGUGGAAGUGAUUGGUGUAUGCGAUUUACUCAAAAUCAAGGAUUGGACUAUUUAAUUAAAUUGUUCAUAACGUUGGAUACAACUGAACGUAGUAGUAGCAAUACUUCUGUUUCUGACGAUGAGGUAGAAAUCAAAGAUCAUCAUAAAAUUUUAACAAAGAAAGCCUGCCUUGGGCUUUUAUUGAAAAUAAUUAGUUUUUUUGCUAUUGAUAAUACGAUAGAAAGCGCCGAUAUUUUUAAAAGUUCUGAUUCCAAGAGUUUAAUUUCAAAAUUGAUUGAAAUAAUUGGUAAAUGUGUAGAUCCUUCUCAAAAUCAGGUUGAAGAUGAUUUAACAAUAAUACGACAUUCAAUGAAAUUAUUAUCAUGUCUAUGUUUACGUGACGAAUCUGCAAUAUCAAUCUUUGUUGGCCAUCCAAAUUUACGUGAAUGGUUAAUUUCUGCAUUAGUUGGUUGUCAAUCUGAAGAAGCUAGGAGUCUAAUGGCGAAUAUGAUUCUUUGUUUCUGUAAAGAUAUUAAUAAUAAUAUAGUUAACAAUAAUGGAAUGUCAACUGACGAAUCAAUGAAUCAGAAUCAUCAGGUUUCAAUUUCACCUGUUCUUGAUCAAUUUUCAUUGAUAUUAUGGUCGUUCUUGCCCGAUGUAGAGAAUCAUGUUUAUACAAGCAAAGAAUAUUUUGAUUUAAUGGGUGAACUUAUGCCAUUCAUUACAAAAUCUAGUCUGAUUUCUUUGUCAUCUUUAUAUAAUGGCAUCAAAAAUCAAAUAAAACUGCAUCCAAUUCAGGAGCAAUUUAAUUCAUCAUGUGAAGAUACGGUUAUCAUUGGCUUAUUAAAAUUGAUGACCAUCUUGGUGUCUGAGCAUAAGGAAUUUAAAAAUAUUCUUGGCGAUGGCUUGCUUGAGAUGAUUUUUUAUGAUUGUCUUUUUGAAGUUCCAAAUAUUAACCACUCCAAUUCACUUCUUCCACCAAAGUGUAAACUUGAAGUUUCAAGAAAUGCUGCAUUAAAACUAUUAAAUGUACUAGUUCAUGAAUGUCCAGAAAAUUUUGUUCGUCUUACAGAUUUAUAUUUGAAACAAUUGGAUCGUGGUGAGCAAUUAAAUGAUAAUUGGAACUAUUGCCCUAAAUCAUGUCAGAAAUCUGUAGCUGGAUAUGUUGGAUUACAAAAUCUUGGUGCAACUUGUUAUGUGAACUCUAUAGUUCAGCAAUUUUUUAUGAAUUCCGAUUUCCGAAAAAGUUUAUUAGCUGCUCCUGUUAAUGAUGAAAACAAAGACGAUUCACUUCUUUAUCAACUUCAAAUUGUUUUUGGAUAUUUACAAGAAAGUGAAAAAAAAGCAUUUGAGGCAACACAAUUUUGCCAUGCCUACAAAGAUUAUGAUGGCCAGCCUUUGAAUGUCGCACUUCAGAUGGACGUGGAUGAAUAUUUCAAUGGACUUUUUGAUCGUUUAGAGAAUAGUGUUUCUGGAACACCUUAUUCGAUGCUUCUUAAAGAACAUUUUGGUGGUACGAUUGUUCAACAAAUAAAAUCAAAAAGUUGUGGUCAUAUUUCCGAGAAAGAAGAAUCAUUUUUCGCGAUACAAUGUGAAGUUAAAAAUAAAAAAAAUGUAGAGGAAAGUUUAGAACAUGAUGUUGAGGGAGAAUUGUUGGAUGGUGAUAAUCAAUAUUUUUGUGCUAAAUGCGGGAAAUCUGUAGAUGCAAUUAAAAGAUCAUGUAUUAAGAAAUUACCAAAAAAUUUGAUAAUGCAUUUGAAAAGAUUUGAUUUUGAUAUGGAACUGUUGAAACGUGUCAAGAUCAAUGAAUACUUUGAGUUCCCGAAUCGAAUAAACAUGGAACCAUAUACUUUGGAUUACCUGAUUAGAAAAGAAUUAGGAGGGGGAGCGGGGGUGGGAGUACAAGAGGAUAUCAAAUCAGAUAAACAGAACAAAUCACAAUUUGAAUAUGAGUUAGUUGGUGUUUUGGUUCAUACAGGAACUGCUGAUUCUGGUCAUUAUUACUCUUUCAUUAAAGAACGCAAAUCUGCACCAUCAUCAUCAUUGUCACACGAAAGUGAUGAAGAGAGACGCUGGUACCAGUUCAAUGACUCGACAGUUGAAAUUUUUGAUCCAAAAGACAUCCCUAAACAAUGUUUUGGUGGACCUGAAUAUGUUUCACAAUGGGAUCCAGCGCAACAGAAAAAUGUUACACGUGUGUUUGCUAAACAAUAUAAUGCAUACAUGCUAUUUUACGAAAGGUGUGAAGAUGUUCAGAAUAUUACUAGUUAUAAUGAGAUAAAUAAACAAGAAAAUCAAAUUGUUAAAGUUCCUGACGACAUAUAUGGUGCAAUAUGGGAUGAAAAUAUCGGUUUUCUUCAAGAUAAAAAUAUUUUUGAUCCGGGCUACUUUAAUCUUAUGUGGACUGUUCUUCACUCGGUAGAUUUUGAUAAUGAGCAAAAGAUUUUAGUUGAUGGUAAAGAGAUUGAUUUGACGAUGCGUACAAUCCAGUUGGCUUCUGAAUUUGUUUUGGGGACAUUAUCACGUGCGAAAGAUAAUAUGGAACUUAAAGAUUGGACAGAUUUUCUUAAAACAUUAUUUCAAACUCAUUUGCCAGGAUGUCAAUGGUUUAUCAAUAGACUUAUUGAUCCCAGUCCAAAUUACUUACAACAGAUAUUGAUGUCAUGUUAUGUUCAAGAGGUUAAAGAGCAAAUUGUUGAUUUGAUAGUUUUUGUCUUGAGAACUCUUAGACAAGGUGAUCCAAUCGUAUAUGGACUGGAAAGCGAAGGAGGGGUUAUUGAUAUGACAGCAACAACAAAUUUGGCUGAUGAAAUUUCCAUGAAUAUCGAUCCAUCAUCGUCAACUUCAAUACAAAUGUGCCAUAAUAAUGGAUUAAUAGUAAAAUUAUGUGAAGCGAUGUUUAAUCUAAUUCCCACUGCACAUUUAUGGUGGAGGAAUUUUGAACAAUAUUUCUCUUUGAUGUAUCUCAUAUCAUAUUUUGGAGUACCUGAGUGUAAUUAUAUGAUAAAACGCGGAUUCAUAGGAGAAUUGGUUAAAUUGUUCCUUAUGGACGAGAUUGCACCAUUGAAAUCUCGUAAAAGAAAAAUGGGCGAUAAAUUUUCUUUGCCACCUUUCCGUUAUCUAUUAAUGACAUUGCGUACACUAAUAUCAGGAUGUGAUGUUUCUGAUAUUGGAAAAAGUGGACGUUCGUUACUAGUUGAGACGCAGAGCACCGCCAUGAAGUUGACAGAACAAGAAAUUUCAAUGAUAUUUGAACGUAAUGAAUCGGAUGAUCAAUUCAUAUUUUUUAUGAAACAAAUAAGAGAUUGUAUUGAUCCUCCGUCUACUGGAGAAUUGUUCGCACAUUUUGCUACUAACAAUGAACACUUAUCGGAAGAAUUUUUAAGUCAAUUGAUUCGCGCUGCUGAUAUUUAUACAGUUGAUCACGUUAGACCACACCUGGAAAUUAUUUAUUCACUAACGCAAAUCCAGGAUAAUUUGUUAAAAUCGAGGAUUGAUUACACAAUCCCUGAAAUCUUGAAACUUGCAAAGGCUAAUCAAAGUGCACCGCAAAUUAGUUCAGAAUGUCUUGGAUUAAUUGAAGCUUUGUGCACAUCUAGUGUUGGAGCAUAUGUUCAAACUUUUCUUGUUACAUAUCUUUCAGAUUGGUUGCCUGAGUACUUUUUGUAUAGUCCGUAUGAAUUAGUCCGUCAAAGAGCCGAAGAAUUAUUUAAUCUUUUAAUAUUUCGUAAUAUAGAUGAAGCACAAGGGAGUCAAGCACAAUUAGAAGCAAUUGAAACAAUGCAUAAACAAUAUCUUAUGUUGUUGAAACAUAUGGAGCAUUUAGAGACUUGUUGGAAAACUACUAGCAGUAGAAGAGGAGUGGCAGAUCCAUUUGGUUGGAGAUUGAGUAAUUAUUUCAGAAUAUUGACAAAAUGUGUUCGAUCGAACAAAGAAAAACAAAUGGAAAUAAUUAACUUUUGGUAUACUGUAUGUGAAGAUUAUCCACCAAAUAUAGAGGCAAUUGUUAAAAACCAAGAGUUAUUGUCUCACCUUUUCAUGUAUUAUGUUAGUAUAAAUCAUUCAAAUGAGAACAUAAUUUAUAAUCAAGCAUCUCUUCCUAAAUAUUAUGGAUUGAUAUUAUUAUGUUGUCGCCAUUCACCAGAAUGUCAUCAAGCGUGGAUGGAAGCGACCAAUUUCUUUUGGGCUCUUAAUAGCAUGAUAUUUGGAGAUUUUUACGAUGAUCAUAAAACUGACGAGUUGUUGGAACUUUUGAAAAUGAGUGCUGAUGAAUCGGCACUUUUCAGAUCUCGAAAUUGGGACCAAAAUGCAUCUUCUUUAGCUAAUAUGCCCAUAAUACGCAUACAAAGAUAUCUAAAUGAAGAGAAUGUUCUUAAAUGUAUGGAGAUGCUACAUGCUUAUUUGCAUCUUGCAUGUUCAUUGGAAGAGGGUAAAGAAUAUGUGAAAGCAUGGAAAACACGCUUAGAAUUUGCAGCUUCACUUUUAACAUCUUUGCAUCCAAAUAUGGACAAUAAAAUUUACCUUAAAACAUUAGACAUUCUAUGCCUAUUCUUAAAAAUGAAAUGUAAUUCUGAACUUGUUAGAGAUUGCUUAAAAUUAUUGAUCGAAGAACAUUCCAAAUGGCAAAAUAGAUUAUCUAGUCUUACGAAAGAAGAUUUACUUUUAAAUUUUGGUGGUAAUCAAUCAAUUUUUCAACGUCUAAAAUUAUUUGAAGAAGAAACUGAAAGUUUAGGCAUUAACAGUAGCAAUAUAGAAACACCUUCAAUACACUUUUUCAGACCUUUCCUUCUCAGAUUGCAACAAAAAAAUGACAUAAUCCAUUUACAAAAUGAAUUGUAUAAACCUUAUUUUAAAUUGAUAGAACAAUUAGCCUUUUCAGGGAUAGAAAUAGAAGAAUUUGAUAAAGUCGUUCGAUUAUGUUCAUUGAUAGUGCUUGAAAUGUUGGAGAUGGAUGUAUCAAAUAUUUUUAACAUACUUUUAGAUUUAUUUGAAAAGCUUUCGGAGAAUAAAAAUGUUGUCAGCGCUUAUAAUCAGUUGGCGUUCUCUAUGCUCCUGGAACACUUAUUAAACUCAAAUCCACGGUCAUUACUUACCAUGCUACCAGCUGAACGAUUUAAUACAUUCAAGUCACUAAUAAAUAUUGUAAAAAUCAAUAAGUCGGACGUAAUUCAACCGAUUAUGUUAAAAUAUAUUCAACAGUUUGUUGCUAACGUUAAGGUAUUGAAAGAAAAAUUGGAAGUUAAAGAUUUGGUUUUGGUGCAUGCAACUAUUGAAGAACUUUUAAUGAUAUUACGGAUUUUAAUAAUUAUUUUAUCAGAUAAUGACUUGUCAGCAGAUGAUCCACUUGCAAAAAUUUAUUUAGAAAGUCUAAAAGAUAUCCUCAAUUUGGAACAAGCCAAAACAAUAAUUGGUGAACAUAUCGAGAAUAUUGACGAGUAUUUCAACAAGAUAAACCAACUUUCUACUCAAUUAAUGUCAUUACAAGUAUUAGUAGUACAACCUAGUGAUAAGGAUGGGAAUAUUGUUGCUGUCGUUGGCGCUAUCAAUGAAAACGAAAACAACAAAAACAAUGGUGACAAUGAAGAAAUUAUAGGUGAAAAUAUUAUUGUCGAAGAAAAUCUUGAUAUGGAGGAGGACGCUGGAGAUCAAAAGGUAUUAUAA